AUGACACGAAUGGGUGUAUACUCUUCUUUCCGGUGCUGUACCCCAGAUCGCCAGGUGGCGGCGGGGGGAAAGACUGCGGCAGCGGCGCCACCGCCAAGGGCGACAAGGCCGGCAGCGGCGCCGCCAGCAGCAGCAACCGAUACAGGGCCAGGUGGCGGCGGCGGCGGCGAAGCUGCGGGAAUAUCGUCGCCACCUCGUCCGCCACUGCCGCCGCCGCGGCGCUUCUUCGGCGCUACCCCACCCCCCCACGCGCCUGUCACUGACCUGGGGCCCGUCCCGCCGCCAGACCACGAAUCAGCUCUACCGGCUGUAGCAGACGGUCUUGGCAGUGAAACUGGCAACGUCGUUGAUUCGGACUUGGAAGAAGACCAAGCGUACCAAAAGGUGACUUCGUCGUACCGUAACGUUAUGCCGUAUCGCCAAGCGCUACGCUCUCUCUCUGCUCCAGCGCUCCCCUCUCUCCGCCGCCACACUGACCCGGCGGCUGUUGGCCCGGGGCCUCCCGGGUCACCUGCUGCCGCCCCUGGUGGCCUGGCUGGGGGCGGCGGGGGCGCUCAACGACCGCCUCUACGCCCGGAUGUACGCGGCGUCCAAGUGGAACGCAAAUCGGACGGCACCCGCCAAGAUAAAGCAGGCACCUUCUUCCUGCGACAGCUGUUGGAGCUUACGGCACUGGGCGUUGGAGAUGCUGACGUGGCGGCUGCUCUGGUACACGUGUUUGGUCCGACGCGCCGUAUUCGCCUGUCUGGACCCACCACCAGUCCGGAGGAGCUUGAGGUGCGGGAGGCGCUUCUUGAGGCCGCCAGGCGGCAUGUGGGCCUUCAACACAAACCCCAGACCAGCCAUCGCAACCAUCACCACGACGACGAGGAACUACCGCCGCCGCAACAGCACCAGCACCAGUAUCAGUACCAGUAUCAGUACCAGGGCACCGCUGCUAUGGAAGAAUCGUUCUAUGGUGACCGUUCCUACGCGACGGCCGCGACCGCCGCAGCUUCCGCUUCCUCUUCCUCCACCACCAUAGAGACAGUUGCCGCCGCCUUUGGCACUUCCAGCUCCCGCACGACCUCAUCUUCUGCCUCUGCCUCUGCCGCGGACGACGCUGACCGAAGUGCGGAUGAGUGGAAGGCGAGGGUCAAGGAGCAGAACAUGCAACGACGUCGGCUGUCGUCAUGGCUGCAGUACCGAGGCCACGACAUGGGGGUCGUGCUCAAGGUGUUUGAGCUGCUUGGCAUUUGACGAGUUUGAGCAGCGGCUGUCGCUGCUGCCGCUCCGCCAUAUUGCUGCUGUCCCAUUCGGCUGGACGGGGCUACUGCUGUUGCUGCUCAUAUCUUGUUGAUUCACAGAUCUGGACGGCUGUGCCGCUGCGAACGCUACUGUUUUUCGUUGCGCAGCUGUAGCAGCUGCACCAGCGAUGCCGCUGUCCAAAGUGGUUGAUUUUGCUGCUUGAGUUGUUCUGGACAGCGGAAUGGUGCUGAUCUCCCAAGCUGAGACGGUUCCGCUUAGUAGGAGCCCUGCUUGGAUUUGCCAUGCGUAACGGUUUUCUCCCUC